ACGGUUCAGAUUUCCGUCAAACAUGUUGACUUCCGUUUAAUGGCGACGAGUAAACAUCGACAAAGAGCCGAGUGUUAAUAUUUAGUUCCUGUUAGUAGUUUGUAAAUUAUUUGUGAACAGUUUUUACUCGUUUUCAUCCAGAUAAAGAAUCUCUGCUGCCUUCAGGAUCUUCUGUGGUCAAGCGGCUGCCAUGGAAACAGAGGAACAGGCCAGGAACCGGUUCCAGUCGGAGCUGGAGUUCGUCCAGUGUUUGGCCAACCCAAACUACCUCAACUUUUUGGCUCAGAGAGGAUUCCUCAGAGAACGACCGUUCAUCAACUACCUGAAGUACCUGCUGUACUGGAAGGAGCCCGAAUACGCAAAGUUCCUCAAGUACCCCCACUGCCUGCACAUGCUGGAGCUGCUGCAGUACGAACACUUCAGGAAGGAGCUGGUCAACGCUCAGUGCACCAAGUUCAUCGAUGAGCAGCAGCUGCUCCACUGGCAGCAUUACUCCCGCAAACGGACGCGGCUGCAGCAGGCGCUGGCCGAGCAGCAGCAGCCGCAGCAGCAGCCGCCGCCGCACGGAAACGCCGCCGCCAAGUGACGAGUUCGACGUCACCAUGGAGGGAUUUUCUAGAAACGAUGGGAAGGACGAAUCGGAGAUGAUGAAACCUGAAUGUUGGUGUUUGAGGAGCUUCACUCUGGACUCAGGAAGAUUUAAUGAACUGUUGGAGAAAAGCUUCUCCCUGAAACCGACCCAAAGGAGCAGGGUAUUUCCGGGAACGUCUCAGAUUAAAGAGUUCAUCUGGGUUUAAUCUGAAAAUAAAUCUUUAGAACUGUU